UGACCCUCAGAAAUAUACCGAAAUAUACCGCCUCUUUUUAAAAAAAAUUCCGAAGAAACGAAAGCUUGCCAAAACCAGCCAGAGGUUAAAAUAUAAUUUUGCGGUGAAAAUUAAGUCUUCUAUUUUUGUGGAACAAGCGAUUUGAUGUAACUGGUAUUUGACAAUCGACUGAUUGUAGAUUAUAACAGUUUAAAGAUGUUCGACAAGAAUAAAAAGGUUUCGGUCUUUGCCGCCUAUCGCGGCUCCGCAACCUCAAAAAAUUAUGUACAAAAAGGAACAAAGAAUUUCGACAAAAAUGGUGCCGCCAAAAAUAACAACAGGAACUUGGCCUCCAAAAAUGGGGGAAAGCUGAAGGGUCCGCUAAAAAGGAGCGGUAGCUAUAGCGACGGCGACAACGGCAGCAGCAGCAGCAGCAGCGGCGAAGACGAGGAGGACGGCAGCACCGACAGCAGAGAAACUCCGGCUAAUACUCGUGAGUCACUGAAGCGUCGCAACGAUGAGGCGGAGGGCAGCAAGCCCAUCGGCGCCAAGCGUACUUCAUUCACUCCAGUCGGCCAGAAAGACGAGGAGGACGACAGCACCGACAGCAAUGGUGAAUUGUAUGAUUCGUCCGAGAGUGGCGAGGAAUACACGCUGAACAGCCACUCGUCUCAAUCCUCGCCAGAAACUCCGGCUAAUACACGUGAGUCACUGAAGCGUCGCAACGAUGAGGCGGAGGGCAGCAAGCCCAUCGGCGCCAAGCGUACUUCAUCCACUCCAGUCGGCCAGAAAGACGAGGAGGACGACAGCACCGACAGCAGUGGUGAAUUGUAUGAUUCGUCCGAGAGUGGCGAGGAAUACACGCUGAACAGCCACUCGUCUCAAUCCUCGCCAGAAACUCCGGCUAAUACUCGUGAGUCACUGAACCGUCGCAACGAUGAGGCGGAGGGCAGCAAGCCCAUCGGCGCCAAGCGUACUUCAUCCACUCCAGUCGGCCAGUCGACAUCGGCUGCCAGCAAGAAGAAUACGGUUCCAGUCAAGGUGGAGGUGGCGUCGCCAAACCGCGCGUUGCUGUCCCCACAGUCGAUCGAGAUGGAACCAGGGGACAGCAUGUUUUGCAGAAUUAAAAUCGGUGUAAUUAAAUCUGUUCAACCCGGAGGUGAUGUAGGAGCAGAGGCUGGCGCUGGUCAGGCCGUAAACCGCCUGGAGCCAUGCCAUGAAGUGCACAAGGAAAACAGCAUUGAAGUGGGAAAGCGGACCCUGGCUCAGCUCAUUGCUCCGAUGACUAUGGCCACUUUUUUGCGUGACCACUGGGAAAAGAGUCCAUUUAGAGUGAUAACAACGACCUCAGGUGGAUUCUCCAAUCUAAUAUCGUUCAAGAUGAUCGACAAAAUGCUGAUCCAGAACCACGUGGAGUAUACCACCAACAUCGAUGUAACAAGCUAUGAGGACGGCGUGCGGAAGACCUUGAACCCUGACGGUCGUGCCUUGCCCCCUAGCGUUUGGGCCCACUAUCAACGCGGCUGCAGCAUCCGUAUCCUGAAUCCCUCCAGCUACCUUGUCCAGCUGAGGCAGUUGUGCGUCAAGCUGCAGGAGUUUUUCCAUUGCCUGGUGGGGGCCAAUGUCUACCUGACGCCCCCCGAGAGCCAGGGAUUCGCACCGCAUUACGAUGAUAUUGAAGCCUUUGUUCUCCAGGUGGAGGGCAAGAAGCGCUGGCGCAUCUACGCCCCCACCAAAGAACUGCCCCGUGAAUCGUCGGGCAACCUCAGCCAGACCGAAUUGGGCGAUCCCAUAAUGGAUAUAGUACUGAUGCCCGGCGAUCUCUUAUACUUCCCACGCGGCUGGAUCCACCAGGCCAUCACUGAGAAGGACUCCCAUUCGCUGCACAUUACCCUCAGCGCCUACCAGCAGCAAUCGUACGCCAAUCUGAUGGAGAAGCUCAUGCCCCUGGUUGUUAAGGAGAGUGUCGAGCAGACCUUGAAGCUGCGCAAGGGGCUUCCGCUGGACAUCUUUCAGAACCUUGGCGUGGCCAACGCCGAAUGGAACGGCGUGCAUCGCCAAAAGUUGAUACAGCAUAUCCAGAAUCUAGCACAGCGUCUGAUGCCCACCGAGGGUCAGAUCGAUCGGGCCUUGGACCAAUUGGCCAUAAAAUUCCAGCACGAGGCCCUGCCACCCACCAUUGCGCCCCAGGAGUUGAAACGCACUGUAUACGGUGCACAGGCUACCGCCGAUAAGACUGGCCAUUGCUCACUUGAUUACGAACUCGCAGAGGGGACUGCAGUGCGUCUGCUGCGUGCCAAUAUCGUACGCCUGACGGUCGACGAGGGUGUCCUGCGCUGCUACUACUACACGGACAAUGGUUUGGAGUAUUGUAAAUAUGAGCCAAACUUCUUUGAGCUGGAACCGUUCCAUGGUACUGUUAUUGAGACGCUAAUUCAUGCCUAUCCCGAUUAUACAAAGAUCAAAGAUCUACCCCCGAUGGGAAACGAUGAAGACCGCUUGGAGUUUGUCGAAGCCCUCUGGGAGCGCGGAAUCCUUAUGGUUGAGAAGCCCUUCAAAAAAGUAUAGGCUCGGGAAUUCUUCCCCCCUCAAAAUAAACGAACCCAAAGCGAGAGUCUAGUCCUAGUAAUCUAAGAUAUUCCCUGUUCUGUUCACCAUUUGUAAUUUUUGUUAGCCCGCAGUGUCUUUAAUGUUAUGUGUCGAGUCCUAGGGCAGCGCCAACAGCAUGAAAAUUAACAAGAACAUUAAUUAAAAGAACAAAUAAAUAAUCCAAGGGAUGCAA